AUGGAGUUGAACUGUGAAACUGUACCAUAUCGGAGAGUCUAUGUAUAUAAAUUUUACUUGGAAUAUUGGAUCGCCUUUGGUCAAAAUGCAAAGUGUCCAACUGAUUUCGCUAAAGCCGGUCAUUUCUAUGAGGCGAAGGAGCUCACAAACUGGGAAGUAUGUUACAUCCAAAACGAAGAAAUCCAAGGUCUCUCAGAUCAGCUGGUUGUCGAGAUGAGCAAGAACGGAGUGAGAGUUGCAAAACCAGCAAUCAGCUACAUUGUAAAGAAUGACCUCAAGACUGUCUUCAAGAAAGCCAAGAACCCUGGAAGACAGCUUAUCUUCUUUGUCAUUCGCACAAGAUACCACAUCCAUCAAGCAAUCAAAGCUUUCGAGCAGAAGUACGAUAUUUUGACUCAAGAAAUCCACUUCGAAACUGACGAGAAGUUCUUCCGUCAAACUCAAACCCGCCAAAAUAUUGUCAACAAGGUAGUAGGAUUCGAGACUUCACAAAAAAGUGAAAAGUAA